AGGCCCAGGCGCUGUUACCCGCUGCAGAGAGUAGGGGCGCCCUGCGGGCGUUCAUUCGUGGGUCGGCCGGCCUCGGCUCCACGGCCCCCAGAUGUGUCAGCGCCACAGCAACAUCCUCAGAGUCUGAGCAUACUGCGCCCAGCGCGGGCACAGAGCCUCCCACUGCCAGCAACCUGGGGCCCAGGAGAAGAGCGAGCGCGGUGACAGCGCCUCACUGCCACCAGUCCCUGGACCACCAUGGCCAAGAACCAAAAGGACAGAAAUAGUUGGGGUGGGUUUUCAGAAAAGGCAAAUGAAUGGAGCUCAGAAGAGGAGGAACCAGUGAAAAAGGCAGGACCAGUCCAAGUCCUUGUUGUCAAAGACCACCAUUCUUUUGAGUUAGAUGAAACUGCACUAAAUCGAAUCCUUCUCUCAGAGGCUGUGAGAGACAAGGAGGUUGUUGCUGUAUCUGUGGCUGGAGCAUUUAGAAAAGGAAAAUCAUUCCUAAUGGACUUCAUGUUGAGAUACAUGUACAGCCAGGAAUCAGUUGAUUGGGUUGGAGAUUACAAUGAACCAUUGACUGGAUUUUCAUGGAGAGGUGGAUCUGAACGAGAGACUACAGGAAUCCAGAUAUGGAGUGAAGUCUUCCUUAUCAAUAAACCUGAUGGUAAAAAGGUUGCAGUGCUAUUGAUGGAUACUCAGGGAACCUUUGAUAGUCAGUCAACUUUGAGAGAUUCUGCCACAGUAUUUGCCCUUAGCACAAUGAUCAGCUCUAUACAGGUAUAUAACUUAUCCCAAAAUGUCCAGGAGGAUGAUCUUCAGCACCUCCAGCUUUUCACUGAGUAUGGCAGACUGGCAAUGGAAGAAACAUUCCUGAAGCCAUUUCAGAGUCUGAUAUUUCUUGUUCGAGACUGGAGUUUCCCAUACGAAUUUUCAUAUGGAUCUGAUGGUGGCUCCAAAUUUUUGGAAAAACGCCUCAAGGUCUCAGGGAACCAGCAUGAAGAACUACAGAAUGUUCGAAAACAUAUCCAUUCCUGUUUCACCAAAAUUUCCUGUUUUCUGCUACCUCAUCCUGGCUUAAAAGUAGCUACCAAUCCAAACUUUGAUGGAAAACUGAAAGAAAUAGAUGAUGAAUUCAUCAAAAACUUGAAAAUACUCAUUCCUUGGCUACUUAGUCCUGAGAGCCUAGAUAUUAAAGAGAUCAAUGGGAACAAAAUCACCUGCCGAGGUCUGGUGGAGUACUUCAAGGCUUAUAUAAAGAUUUAUCAAGGUGAAGAAUUACCACAUCCCAAAUCCAUGUUACAGGCCACAGCAGAAGCUAACAAUUUAGCGGCCGUAGCAAAUGCCAAGGAUACAUACAACAAGAAAAUGGAAGAGAUUUGUGGUGGUGACAAACCAUUUCUGGCCCCUAAUGACCUGCAGACCAAACAUCUGGAGCUUAAGGAAGAGUCUGUGAAGCUAUUCCGAGGGGUGAAGAAGAUGGGUGGGGAGGAAUUUAGCCGGCGUUACCUGCAGCAGUUGGAGAAUGAAAUAGAUGAACUUUAUAUGCAGUAUAUCAAGCACAAUGAUAGCAAAAAUAUCUUCCAUGCAGCUCGUACUCCAGCCACACUGUUUGUUGUCAUUUUUAUCACAUAUGUGAUUGCUGGUGUGACUGGAUUCAUUGGUUUGGACAUCAUAGCUAGCCUAUGCAAUAUGAUAAUGGGACUGACCCUUAUCACCCUGUGCACCUGGGCAUACAUCCGGUACUCUGGAGAAUACCGAGAGCUGGGAGCUGUAAUAGACCAGGUGGCUGCAGCCUUGUGGGACCAGGCUUUAUACAAGCUUUACAAUGCAGCAGCAACCCACAGACAUCUGUAUCAUCAGGCUUUUCCUGCACCAAAGUCAGAAUCUACUGAACAAUCAGAAAAGAAGAAAACUUAAUCCAAAUGUUAAAAAAUACAGGUGCAUGACCAAUUUUCAGUUACAUGUCUCCAUGUAAACAUUCAGUGCUUCCAUCAGAAAGAGUAAAAUACCAAACACCUCUGACAACUGCAAAAAUGGUCUAGUUCUUUUAUUUCAGUGUUUAAUAGCAGGUGUAUGUAUGCAUGGUUAUUAUCAUUUCAUUAACAUGUACAGUUUCCUGAUUUUGUCUUCAAAUAUAGUUAUAAUUUAAAGUUGUCUAUUUAUGAUGAUAGUACAUGUGUUCUGCUUGAAUUUACUGAAUUCUACUACAGGGUUAUAAUUAAACCACGUGGUAAUAUUACUCCCUGUUUGGAUAUGCUCAUUUAAUUUUUACAGAAGAAUUUUGAAAUUAUUUCAUAGUCAUUUGUUAAAGCACAGCAUCACAACUCAAAAGGCUUGAUUCAGUCUAUAUCAUCUUACAUAUACCAUAAGCUCUUAUUUUUAAAGACAUUUAAGAGAGCUUUUCAGUUGCUUUAUCAAAAACUAUGUAUUGCUUUUUAUAUUAUGAUUUAAUAUAGAAUAUAAACCUCUUGAUAAAAAAUGCACAAUAGAUCACUUUGUAUGUAUUUGAGUUUCUGCAUUGUAUAUUUUUUCAUUUGCUACACAAAGAAAUGUAUUCAUCAUAGGUUUAUUCUUUUAAUAUGUCAACUACUAUUAAAGUUUACUCUGGUUCCUAAGAUUAAAAACAAAUGCUUACUGAAUUUGGAAAUAUUUGGGAGUGUUGAUAAAGAAUGAUGACGGUUUAUCUUUCUUUUAAAAAUUCAGAAUGGAUUUUCUUUAAUGUUGACCACAUUUCAAAUUUAGCUUUCCAUUUUAAGAAAUAGAUACCUUCCAGUUCUUUUAAAACAGUAAUUCUAUACUGUAUUUCUAAUUACUAAAAUCUAUAGUGGAAUUUCAUUGAGCAUACGCAUUUUAAAGAGAAAAAAAAGUGUGGUAAUGAAAAAAAGAAAAGUAAUGCCUCUUAUCUGGGAGCACUAAAACAGUAAUUUCUAACUUUCUUUGAAAUGGCUAAGUCAUAAUUAAAUAGUAAUAUAAAGUAAGGAGCAACAGAAAAGAAUAAUUAAGAUAGAAGAGUGUGCAAGAGUUCAUAAGGUAUGUAAGCUUAAAUCUUAGAAAAGUUUGAUCACAUGCCCUGCAAAGUAACUUUUCACAGUGAUAAAAUUCCACUAGCUUAUUUUCAUUUUUCAUUACCCCUUUCAAUGUACUGUUUUCUUUGAUGAUGGGUCUUAUGAAUGGAAAAACCGAAUAUUUACAGCACUAUGUGUAAAAUAUAGACUCAAACAUUUAGUUUCCACAAAAAUAUAUUUAAUAAGCUGCUUGUAUAAAAUCAAACAUUUAAUAUUUCCAACAUUUUAUCAACAAAUUAAACUCACUAUUAUGUAACUGGGAGUGCUUUGUAUUUUGGAAGAUUACCUAAACUAAAAACAUAUUUACAUAUUUACAACACAUGUAAAUAUAACUGAAGAGCUACUUCAACUAAUGUUAAAAUUACUGGAAUUGUAGAGAUUUAUAGGCUAG